UAUUGAUUAUAAACCUUUUCGCAACUUUGCAAGGCAUUGGAGAAAGGAUUAUUCACUGCCAGAAGGCCUAUUGGAAAGGCAAAGAAACAAUACCCUGCAGCGUGGAGGAUCUAUCAAUUGAAAGUUCAUAUAACUCUAUUCACUUCAAGAUGGACGUAACAUCGUUAUUGAAUUCAAAUAGCGCUGCUGCUGAGCAGCAAAAGCGUCAAGGAGAGCGAUUCGUAUUACCAUCAAGAAAUCGAACACCAUGGGACGCAAAUGGCUAUUCACUACCCAUCAAUACAUCAAAUCACACGAUUAAUAUCGGAGAGCUCGGUACGGGAAAUGAGUUGAGUACGGUGAACAACGGCAAUCCGAGAAUUCACUCUUAUGAUUCACACGGGACGGGUUCGGAAAGAUCGAAUCAUAAAUUCUCUGAUAGCCGGAGCAGUUUAUCUUCUUUCACAUCAACAACCAACUCAACAGCCACCUCUUCUUCGAACCAUUCUCGAUUAUCUUCUUUCAGUACGAACAACAGUCAUCCUAUUAGUUUUUCACACAAGUACUGCAAUUCUGCAGUGGAAAACUCUAUAGAUUUAAAUUCUUCUUACUCUAUUACCUCCCAAAAUAAAGUCGAAUCGCAUUCAGCACCAACUUCUCCCCAUAACACAAGGAAAAUUAGCAUCAUGGUAUCUAGUCCAACAGAGAACCUAGAUGCUCUAGCUGCCUUAGCAGAACAAGAAUCAUCUCGAUCAUCUCCUAAGAACAAUGAUGCUAUUCUAGGAGCUUCAGACCAGAUUGAUCCUAUUAGAGAUUCUGAGAGUCGACCUGGUUCACCAAGUGAUGCUAUGUUGAUCAGACGCCCGGAUUUGCCACGUUUAAACACAGAUCCAGGUGAUAAUGGUUUUGAGUCAGAUCAUAGCAAUUUAUAUCGCAGCGCUCCGAUCGAGCUGAACAAUGGUGCUAUGAAUCCUACAUUGCAUAAAAGAAAUAUCUCUGCUCCAAUUUUGCGCCGACCAAGUCGUGUUCCAGCAUCUGGUGUUGGUCCAAUACCCGAGCUCACUCCACCUAAUUCAACCCGUCUUGCAAACUUACCAUCACCAUUAGAUGAUGAUGAAGAUGCAGAAGGUGAUCCAGUCACACCACCACCAGCAGAUGGAACUGAUGCAGACACUCCUCCGGAGUGUAUGUACAUCACAAACUGUGACACUGGAUCGCAACCUCGCAAAGCUAUCUCGCAUAUCUUCGGCCGCAAUAAGAUGUGCACUAGAUUGAUUCCACAAUCUGUUUGGGUUCAUUAUUGUCGCAAGCAUUACCAACGCUCUCGUUAUCGUAAUCCUAAAGAGUAUGCCAAAUUGCAAUGCGACUUGGUCCAACAACAGAUCCGUCGCGUUUACGAUUGGUCUGCACAAAAUAAGCGUCGUGGAGAGCCUGGUACUAUCAAAGAUUGGGGUAUUGCUAUCAGAAAGCGUGAGCAGAAGCGUUUGGAUGAACUCAAGGGUUCUGGUCGAAAAAGACGAUUCGAUGACGAGGAUGAGGGUGAUGAUGAUCAAGGUCCGCGUCCACCAACUGCUGUCCCGGAUUGGCUCCUCUCUGUCAUUGGGUCCGGUUAUACGACCGAAGAAAUUCUCGAAAUCUUCAACCGCCUCCACCAAGAGGUUCUCGAUGAUCUUCUGCCAUGUUUCCCAGACAUCGAAAUUUUGCCAAACAUUACCGUUGACCAAGACGAGCCCAAGUCGCCAAAGGGAUAUGCUAAGCGCAAGGUCUCUUCCGCAGGUCAUAAGCGUUCCCAAUCUCUUGGUGUAAGUGCUAUGAAGGCUCAAAAUUACGGUACUCCUUCGGGACAAGAUCGCAGAAUGAGUCAACCAGUCCAAUUUCAAAGCCCAAACAAUGGAGGAGUCCCAACAUACAGCACUACCUUGAAGCGUCGUCGUCCUAAUUCAAACGAUGCUAACGCUCAAAAUUUGCAAUUCACACCCGUUCCAUCGACUUUUGAACGUCGCCGCUCAUUCCAGCCCGCCUUCACUAACACAGGCUUUGAUCGCAUUGAUGAGAAUCAUCAAUCUCCUGCUGUUGACAAUGAUUUUGAGUUUCCAAGAGGUCGUACACAUGCUCGUGCUUCCUCUGUCUAUCAAUCACCAUUGGCUGCACCUGUUGCUCGUCCAUUGGGAAUUCAUCAAAACCAAGUCGAAACUCAAAUCCAUCAUAUGGAGAAUGGCUUCAGUAUGAAUGGUGGAAGUAUGGGCAUGAACAUGGGUAUGCAAGAUAUGCAAGGUCGUGUUCGUCCUUCACACCAACGUUCCCAAUCUGAUAUGAUGGUUGGCCGAAAUGCAAUGCAACCAAACAUGAUGGUUCCAAACCUUAUGUCUUCCCAAAACUUUAACAGCAAUUUUGAGUUCUCUACUCCUCAAUACCAACAAUCAGGUUUUGCCCAAAUGAAUGACCCCCGUCAACAUGCUAUCCGUCAAAGCACUUAUAACAUGCAACAACAGCAACAACAAAGCCGUCGUCAAUUUGGUCAACAACAAUUUGGUCGACAUCAACAAUACCGUCAAGAAUCUCCAGCGGGCAGCAGUGUUACCAAUAGCCCUAUCGCAGGCCCAACUGGUCAAGGCAGUAACUUCUCUGCUCAGCAACGCUCCCAAUCAACUGGCAGACGCGCCCAACAGAAUCCUCAAAUGCGAAGCAAUCAGAUGUAUGAGGACAAUACCCCCAGACGUCGUCAAUACGAAUAAGGCGAUUAAGUCUUAUAAUCUAUUUCACCUUGAUUUUUGAUUUUGAUUCCUUUCGGUUUUGGGACGAUUGUUUUCGGACGGGCGCAUACAAAUUGCUUUAUGAUACCCAUCUACACAUUUAAGUUUGCUACUUGCUUUAUCUUCUCGGUCUUCUUUAAUAAUGAUUCUUUCUACAUCGGAUCAUCGCAUUCAUUCAAAAGUUUGCUUCGCCUUGCUUCUGCUUGAUUUUGCAUCAUUUCCUUUGCAAUGACAACGAAAACUACAAUCUGAUACUUACGGUCUUUUCUUCACUACUCUCCUCGAAACUCCAAUCAGACGAUGAAUAUCAGCCAACUUCUCAAAUCACAUUGGUACCACAUUGGUUGUCACUCAAAGAAAUUUUACAAACUUGCAAAUUCGGAGGGGAUUGGUUCAGAUUACGUCUGAUUUUCCGAGGAACAUGAACACUUGCUUUAUUUCAUCUGGAUGCACUUCGUCAAGAGUCAACAUAAAACGUCUCAAGUGCUUUGAUGAUAGAUUUCUGGUGUUCCUCUCCUAUUUUCCUUUGUUUUAUUUUUCGGCUCUGGAGUGUAGAGUUCAGACAAAGCUUUUUCUUUCUUUCUGCAUGGUUUAUGGGAGGGUUAGAUUGAGCGCAUACAUGGAAUGAGUGGAUGGAUUAUGGGCAUGGGCGUCAAAAAUGCAUGGUGGAGUAUGGAUUACUUGAUGAUCAAGAAAUGGGGCAUAUCAAUUAGUUCUCUUUAACUCUUAAUUUGCUUUUCAUGCAUGUUAUUUCAGCGGGUGGGAUUUGGUUCAUGGUUCUUUUUUGAGUGGUGGGAAUAGCGGCAUAACAGCACUUGUGAUGAACAGAGGAGUGAUAGCAUAGCAUAGUACAUACGAAUAAAACCACCAUCAGGUAUAUGAUGCGUAAUUAAUAGAUAGG